AUGGACAUCGAGUCCAGACUAAAGGCAUACCGAUUCGUCGGCUAUGCUGCCGUCUUUUUCUCCGCUCUUGCUGUACUUUCCAUCUGCGUUACUCUGCCAAUAGUCUACAAUUAUGUACGACAUGUUCGACGUAAUGCAAAUUUGGAAUUGAUGCAGUGUAAGCUAUCAGCGGAAGAUCUUCGAUCAGAUGUCUACAAAAUGCCUCCCGCAAAUCGUUCUACAAGAGCAGUCGAUAUAGAAGAAGCCGCUAUCCCGACCGUCACAGCUACGAAUGGAAACGGAAACGGAAACGGGGGUGGGAACGGGAAUGGAAACAGUUGCCACGGCUGCUGCUUGCCAGGUCCUCCCGGUCCGCCUGGUCCACCUGGUAGGCCAGGAAAGCCCGGAAAGGCAGGAACACCUGGACUGCCCGGAAACCCUGGUCGUCCACCUCAACAACCAUGUGAACCGAUCACUCCUCCCCCAUGCAAGCCGUGCCCACCAGGUCCACCUGGACCCCCAGGACCUCAAGGACCGCCAGGAAAUCCGGGACCUCAAGGACCUGUCGGCGAAGCGGGACCUGCUGGUCCUGUUGGUCCUCAAGGAAUGAAGGGAUCGCCAGGCAGUCAAGGACCAAUGGGAGCAGUAGGUGACCAGGGUCCACCCGGUGAACCUGGUGUGAGCGGAGACCCGAAACCCGGUGCACCGGGACAGCCAGGUCCGAUUGGGCCGCCGGGUAAUACUGGUCCUCCAGGACUACCUGGAAAGGAUGGAGAACCUGGUGAACCAGGCGAGAAAGGACCUCCAGGACCUCCUGGAAAACCAGGUCUGGAUGGUAUGCCUGGACUCCCUGGACAACCUGGAACUGACGGAAAUGCUGGAGAGCCUGGAGUGUGCCCCAAGUAUUGUGCCAGAGAUGGAGGCGUGUUCUUCGAAGAUGGAUCACGCCGUUGA